AACUUUAUUGUCUAUACUAUCUAAAAACUUUAUUGUCUAAACUAUAUUUUUAGAUUUUCUCAAAUCAUGAUAAUCGAUCAAAACACGAGUACAAUCGAUUUGAAUUUUUUCUUUAUUCUUUUGUUUUUAAAUAAGAUUUAUACCAUUUUUUAGUAUUUAUACAAAAGAAUUUGAAAUUAUCUCUGGUUAUGUUAUUGAUACCUAACCCAAUAUAUUAUUAAUCAAACAUAUACACAAUAUAUGUUUAUAUCGAAAAUAUUUAACGUUUCAUUAUAAUGACAUGGAUGAUUUUACGUUUUACUUAAAAUUUACGAAACCUCUAAUUCUUAACCUACCAAAUCUCAAAGAUCGUGCAAUGGCUGCAUUAUGGUUGAACAAAUUGACUGAAAUAAAUGAAAGUAUUCCGAAGGACAAUAUUCAUGUUGAAUAUUUGAAAUUAUUGUUAUUCGCACUACAAAAGAACAAUCUUACAGGUAUUUUUACAGAACAUCCACCUGAAGGUUUACUUCCGCAUCAUCCAGAAAUGAACACGAAAAAAAUAAAACGAUAUAUAUAUAUAUAUAUAUAUAUUGUAUGUAAUGUAUUCUGUCAGGCAAUGGACAUGAUAAAAUUAGUAAUUCCAACAAAAAGAUUGUCAUCUUCCUUACCUUCAAUUUAUACUAUAAUAGGAGGUGGCAUGUCCGAAUUCGUUGCAAUUCAAGAAAUACCGAAUUUUGGAUUGCACGGUUACUAUGCUAUAUCUAAUGAACCUUUACCAUUGUGGACACAGAAUAAAACUGAACUAUUGAAAAAUAAUGAGAAUACAAAAAAAAUAUCUCGAUUUAAAGAUUCUCUCAAAUAUAAAAUGCUCAAAGAAAUUAAUUUUCAACAAACUGCAUCACAAAAUAAUCACAUCUCGAAUGAAACGGAUACAAAAGAAGAAAGCGAAAGAAAGGAAAUAUCAACAAAUGAGACAAGGCCAUGCUGGAGAACAAAUCGUUAUUUUGAAAAACUUUUAGAUCAAUCUCCUCAUAUUGCUACAGAUCUUGAAGUAACAACAGCAGAUACAUUAUUGCAUAUACUUAAAGAGAAAAAAUUAGAUAAGAAAGAAAUAAAGAAUGAUUCUUGUGUUUUAUCUGUGAAAAAAAGACAAUUCGAAAAGAUGUCGAAUUUUACACCUUCCGUAUAUGAAUCAGGAUUUGAUAAAAUACAAUAUCAAAGUGAUAGUGAAGAACAAUUAAAACAAAAUGUUGGUAUCGAUGGUAUAAAUUGUUGUAGAAAAAAUAAUAUUCCAAGUAAGAGUUUCAGUAAUAUAGAUACAAAAGUAAAAUAUAUUUUAAAUAAACUAUUUGCAAAAUAUAAAUUUAUUUAGGAAAUAAAUGUAGAAAUAAAUGGAAAAAUACCGGUCCCCAUGAAUUUUCUAUUUCUUCAAAGAGCUGUUUUUUAAAUCCAGAUUAUUGUUCCCGAUAGUAGCAGAUCUCUGAGACUUUUUUAUAUUAUAAUCAAUUGAUCAAUUAUACAAAAUAUAGAAACAUUAAGAAAAUAAAAAUUGUAAAUUCAAUUAAAUUUUACAUUUCUUUAGUUUAGUUAUUUCUCUUCAAAAGUGAAAUUACUUUGAAUUGUACAAAAAUAUCUUUUGUGUGUCAAAUGAUACUUAAUUCUUUUCUGUCUUCUUUUCCUUCUGAAAAUCUAUUCUCGUAUAAUAUUCCAGCAACAAUUUUUAUACAAACAUUAUAUUGAGAUGCAGUUAAGAUACAAUUUUAUACUAAUAUUAGAGUUAUUUUUUAUAUUUUACAAAACUUGUUCCUCUAUAUUUGUUUUUAUCUCUAGAAAUUUUCUGUGCCAACAAAGUGUUUUAAAAGAUCCAUUUUCCUCACGUAUUUGAUCAGUUCUUUGAAUGACUUUACAAUCUGGAUAUCGAUGAUUUUGAUAACGAUCUUUAUAGUAUUCAGUAGUCAUAAAUGCAUUGCCUGCAUUUACACUUAACACGAGGAUCAUGUCGGUAUACUCUCGAUUAUCCUAGUAGUCAGUUUCAAUAUUUAUAUAUUUUUUAGAAAAUUUUAAUAUUUUUUGUUUAUUUACUUUACUUAGUAAUGGUUUCUUCCUAGUUACUCUAAAUUUAUACACUGCUCGAUGGAGCACUCGUCGAAUGGUUUCCGGCUGGUCUGUGUGACUAUAUUUUUGAAUUUCAGAUGCAAUUUCAGAUGCACUUAUGCCUGUUUUCCUGCACUUAUGUCUGCUUUAUUUUUAAUAAUUUGAACAAUUAUUCAUUUUUCUUUCAAUGACAAUUUUCUUGGUCGACCACUUUUUUUUGUCUUGUAAUAUUCCUGCUUUAUUAAAUUUCUUCACUAUACUUUGUACUGUUGAAUGACUUCUUUUUACA